GCUAUAAAUACGGCUGCGCGCAAGGCACAGUUAGACAUUUUCCCAAAAUCAAACGAAAGACACAACUGAGCAAGAACCGUGGGAAUCCGGCUCAUCCCUCUGAUUACCCUCCACCUUGCUCUACAUUUUGUUUUCUAUAUUUAUUAUCCAGCUCACAAUGUUUGCCAUGGGUGGAUUAUAUGUGCAGCACGUCGUGGUGGCAGCGGUGUGCUCCGUGCUGGCCACAGGGACGCUGGGGUCCCCGGUGGUGGGGCCAGAGCCGAUCCGAUGCGCCCCGUGUACUCCGGAGAAGAUGAGCCAGUGUCCAGCGGUGGCGCCCGGAUGCACCGAGGUGCUGCGGGAGCCCGGCUGUGGAUGCUGCCUCGCCUGCGCCCUGAAGGCUGGUGAGCUGUGCGGGAUCUACACGGCGCCGUGCGGCUCCGGACUGAGGUGCACCCCGAGACCCGGCGACCCCCGGCCGCUGCACUCCCUCACCCAGGGACAAGCCGUGUGCACGCAGAGCCCUGAGCCAGAGCCGACCCCCGAGCCCCAGACUCAAGAUCAGGGAGAGCCAGAGGCUGAGAUGGAGAACGCUGCCAUCGUCUCGGACCCCGGCUCCAGCCACUACCUCCCCGGCCACAGUAAGCCCUACGACCCGAGGGCUGCAGCGGACGCUCAGGAGAGCAUGAAAGCCAAACUCAUCGCCAUCCGCAAGAAGCUGGUGGAGCAGGGGCCCUGUCACCUGGAGCUGCAGAGGGCCCUGGACAAGAUCGCCAAGUCUCAGCAGAAACUAGGAGACAAGUUGACCAGAUUCUACCUCCCCAACUGUGACAAACACGGGCUUUACAAACCCAAACAGUGUGAAUCCUCCCUGGACGGACAGAGGGGUCGAUGCUGGUGUGUGAUCUCCUGGAACGGCAAGAAGAUUUUAGGCUCGACCGACCUCUCUGCAGACGCAGAGUGUCCCUGAAGGGAUCAACCACUGAUUCAGAUCUCACACACACACACACACACACACACACACACACACACAAAGAAGAAGAAGAAGAAGCCACUGAUUUUUUUCCUUUUUGAUAGCUGUUUAUUUAUUGAUCUUGUCCAUGGUGGUGUUUAA